AUGUAUUAUCAUAAUCCUGACCUAUAUUAACAUCCAUAUAUUAAUGGCUAAUAAAAUGAGAAAACAUACAGAAAUAGCGGAUUUUUAACAGAAACACAAGAUGAUUAUGCAGAUUAUUAAUAUUACGAUCCUUACUAAAGUCAAUUACAUAAUAGAACUUAUUUGACUGAUGUACGUCCCUUAAAUUAUAGUAUAAUUCUUAUAUUAAAAAUAGCAAACCAUGAAUAUCCUCAAUAUCCAGUCAAAAUAGGUUAACCAUAAUUCUAUUUUGAUCCUAACGAUCCUAGCAAUAUUCCAUUUAUGCCUCAUGAAAGUAAUCAUUUCUCAAUCAUUCAAGGAUAUGAUGAUGGAUAUGAAGAAUAUGUACUAUAGUUUAUUAGAAAUUUGCCAAGAUCUACUUAGAAUUUCGAGGAAGUUGCAUUUGCAAAAUAUUUAGCUGAAUGCUCAAUAAUUGAUAAGAAAGUUUGGAAAAUAUAGAAUAUGUUGAAAUAAGAUUAGAGAUUCAAUGUUAAAUUACUCUUUGAUUUCUUUGAUUCUAAAAAGAAUGGAACUAUUGACUAUAAUGAGUUUCAGUUAGGGUUGUAGAAAUUGGAUAUUAUAUUGAAUUCUAUUGAAUUGACUUAAAUGUUUCUUCGUUAUGGAGGCAUGGACGAUAAUUAAAUCUCUUCAGUUGAAUUUAAAUACAUGCUUCUAGGUCCAGAUGAUUAAUAGCAAUUUAUGUAAUUUGGAGCUUUGCAUUAUAUGCAUCAUCCAUUAAAAUAGAAUAUUCCAUAGUUUCUAUCUAUUGCCCAAAGAGAAUUGAUUUGUGAAAUUAUGCAUCUACAAUUACAAUUAGAAAGAAACCUUAACUUUAUUAGAGAAGUUAUUGGAACCAAAGAUCUUCUACUGGCCUUAUUCAAAUAAUUAGAUGUUGGAAUGAAGGGUUACAUUACUAUUCAAGAUCUAGUUAUAUACAUGAAUUAAUUAGGAGGAUAGUUUGAGUCUUAUGAUUUGAAAGGUUGUUUAGGAAGAAUGUCUAAGUAAUUAUGUAUUUUUAUCCUUAGAAUUCAUUGCAGUCGAAUUAAUUUUAAUGAAUUCAAAAAAGAAUUCUUUUUAGAUGAAAAAUAAAAAUCAGACUAAGAUUAAAAUAUUGAUAUCAUAAGUGAUAAAAAAAAAACAAGACAAAAGGAUUACAUUCAAGAACUACAUCAAAGAACAAGAGAAUUGCAAAAUAAAUAAUAAUAAGCUUAAAAGGUAUCUACUGAACGCAAAUCUCAACCUUUAUUAACUACAACUAAUUAAAUUAAACAGCCUCAACCAUAUGUAAUAUAACCACCUGUUGUAUAAAAAAAGAAAUAAGAAUAAAGCUCUUAAUAAUAAGACGAUGAUUUAGAUGAUUUAUUGUUUCCUGGUUUUUAGAAAUAUGAAUUAUAACCACCAGAUCAAGAAUAUUGAUAAUAUACAAACACUACC